AUGUUUAGCAGUUAAACAGCAUUUAUUCCAAAUGCUUAAUCUAGAUAUGUUAUAUCUCCAAAAUUAGGAUAAUCAGUUAAUUAGAAUUUGCAAUAUAAUCAUUAACAAUUAGAAUAAGAAAAUAAUAAUUCAAAUUCAUCUGAACAUUUACAUCUUCAUUUACAUCAUUUAACUAAACUUUAUUUUAUGAUGUUAUUAUGCUAUUUCAUUGCCUUAUUUAAUUUAGUAGAAUAUUUAUUAUACUAACUAGAUUGAUUUUGAAUCCAUGAAUAUAUUCUUUAAUCAAAAUGGAUAUUUUCUUUAUUUAUUUUUAGGAGCACUUUUAUUAAUAUCAAUAUUAUCUAUAAAUAUAGAUAAUUCAAUACUCUAUAUUAUAUUUUUAAUAAUAUUCUACUUUUUAUUUGCUUGUAUAAAAGCAUUGAAUAAUAUGAAUAUAACAUUAAUGAUGAUAUUCACAUAUGGAGGAUAAGUAUUAGCCUAAUUUUUGAGUGUCUUAUCAUCUAAUAAUGAGAAAGAUAUUUAAUUACAUCAAUAAUCUUUAUAUAUUUUAACAAGUGGUUUGAUAGUUUUUUAAUUGUUCAUAACUUGUUUUGAUAUUGAUUUCUUUAAAAUGAUUAUCAUUUUAAUAACAGGCAUUAUUUUUGGGUAUGUUAUUAUCAAUGAUUACUUAUGUAUAGAUUCUUUUUGGUGAUUUCAACAAUGAGUAAAGAUUCCAAAUUUAAUGGAAAUGCUUUGCCUGAAAGCAUUAGUAUUUAUACAAAAAUUUUAGUAUAAAUUCUAAAGAAAGCUUAAUAAAUUGCCACUCUUUAUUACAAAGAUCCUAUAGAGAUGGAAAUAAAAUUAAUUGAAAGAAAUAAAAAGAUUGAUGAGAAUGAUUAUAAAAUGAUGAAUCAAUGUGAUGCCAAGAAUUAUCAACAUUUGUUAAUUAAUAAAUUAAAUGGUUUAGAUGGAUUGAUAGAAUUAAGUGAUGGCACUUUCAUUUAUAAGAAAGGAAUGAUUUAAUAUUCCAAUUCUAAAUUUGAAGAAUGCACAAAUGUGGCCAUAAUGAAAUUAUAAUGA